AGACGCGGCGCGGGGCCAUCGGACAUCUUGGGCCGCCCCGCACGGAGCGGGGAGCGCCGCCGCCGGGUCCCCGGGGCGGGAGCAGCCGCGGCGCCCCUCUCGCCUCGCCUCGCCCCGGCUGCCUCUCCCACCCCCGCCUCCCCCGGGCUGCUCAGAGCAUCCCUCCUCCCCUCUAUGCAUUUGUCUUAAUCCUUCUCAGAGACAAGAUGGCAACGCCGGCGGCUGUAAACCCUCCCGGUCAAGGAUUUGAGGUUUGGAGAUCUCCUUAAGCCUGGAGCACUGGCAGAGGGAUGAGUGCCAGCCUGCGUUUCAGGCUCAGGUCAGCUCUGCAAGGUGCCACGCACAAAUGCAGGAAGACUUGGAGCUCUGCUAAGUUCAGUCUGGUCCACUGAGUGCUACCAAAAUAAAUGGCAUCGGACAUUCCUGGCUCGGUGGCCUUGCCGGUGGCACCAAUGGCAAGUGGACAGGUGAGAAUGGCAGGAUCCAUGCCUUCCAGAGGAGGAAAGCGCCGCUCUGGAAUGGAUUUCGAUGAUGAAGAUGGGGAAGGACCCAGCAAAUUUUCAAGGUAUGAUGGUGAUCAAAUCUCUGGUGAUAAGGAAAAGUUUGCAAGGUGGGAAGAUGAUCAAAGUACUGCUGACACAGAAAGGAUGGCCAGGGAGAAUCACAGUGAAAUUGAGAGGCGCCGAAGAAAUAAGAUGACACAGUACAUCACCGAACUGUCUGAUAUGGUACCCACUUGUAGUGCGUUGGCUCGUAAACCUGACAAGCUGACGAUUCUUCGGAUGGCUGUUUCACACAUGAAAUCAAUGAGGGGCACUGGAAAUAAAUCUACUGAUGGAGCUUACAAGCCUUCGUUUCUUACAGAACAGGAACUGAAACAUCUUAUCCUGGAGGCUGCAGAUGGGUUCCUGUUUGUAGUUGCAGCUGAGACCGGAAGAGUCAUCUACGUAUCCGAUUCUGUGACUCCUGUGCUGAACCAGCCUCAGUCCGAAUGGUUUGGCAGCACUUUGUAUGAGCAGGUUCACCCAGACGAUGUGGAAAAGCUACGGGAGCAGCUGUGUACAUCUGAAAACUCUAUGACAGGACGAAUCCUGGACUUGAAGACUGGAACGGUAAAGAAAGAGGGUCAGCAGUCCUCAAUGAGAAUGUGCAUGGGAUCGAGACGCUCUUUCAUAUGCAGGAUGAGGUGUGGAAAUGCUCCUCUGGAUCAUUUACCUCUGAACAGAAUAACCACCAUGAGAAAAAGAUACAGGAAUGGCCUUGGCCCAGUAAAAGAAGGCGAAGCACAGUAUGCUGUUGUCCAUUGCACUGGCUAUAUCAAGGCAUGGCCACCAGCAGGAAUGACUAUACCAGAAGAAGACGCUGAUGUGGGACAAGGUAGUAAAUACUGCCUCGUGGCAAUAGGAAGGCUUCAGGUAACCAGCUCUCCGGUGUGCAUGGACAUGAAUGGCAUGUCGGUCCCAACUGAGUUUUUGUCGAGGCACAACUCUGAUGGAGUCAUCACUUUCGUCGACCCCAGGUGCAUCAGCGUCAUUGGCUACCAGCCCCAGGAUCUUCUGGGGAAAGACAUUUUAGAAUUCUGCCAUCCUGAAGAUCAAAGCCAUUUGAGAGAGAGUUUCCAACAGGUUGUGAAACUGAAAGGUCAAGUCCUGUCUGUGAUGUAUCGUUUUCGCACCAAAAACCGAGAGUGGAUGCUGAUCAGAACCAGCAGCUUCACGUUUCAGAAUCCUUACUCUGACGAGAUUGAGUACAUCAUCUGCACCAACACCAACGUGAAACAACUUCAGCAGCAGCAAGCAGAACUUGAAGUGCAUCAAAGAGACGGGCUGUCAUCCUAUGACUUAUCACAGGUGCCUGUUCCAAGUAUACCAACUAAUGUUCAUGAGGGCGGAAAGUCUGUGGAAAAGCCUGAUGCUAUCUUCUCCCAGGAGAGAGAUCCUAGAUUUGCUGAGAUGUUUGCUGGAAUAACUGCUUCAGAUAAAAAAAUGAUGGCCUCAGCAUCCACAGCAGGAAACCAGCAGCUUUACUCACAGGGAAGCCCGUUUCAGCCAGGACAUUCAGGAAAGACUUUCAGUUCGUCUGUGGUACAUGUGCCUGGUGUGAACGACAUCCAGUCUUCUUCAUCAACAGGCCAAAAUCUGACACAGAUAUCUCGCCAGCUAAAUCAGAGUCAGGUGGCCUGGACAGGAAAUCGCCCACCAUUUCCAGGACAGCAAAUUCCUUCUCAGUCUGGGAAGGCUCAGUCAUCUCCCUUUGGGAUUGGAACAAGUCACACCUACCCAGCUGAUCCAUCAUCGUACAGCCCUCUUUCCAGCCCUGCCACCUCUUCUCCAAGUGGGAAUGCCUACUCUAGCUUAGCAAACCGAAGUGCAGGGUUUGCUGAAGGUGGACAGAGCAGCGGCCAGUUCCAGGGGAGACCAUCCGAAGUCUGGUCCCAGUGGCAGAGCCAGCAUCACAACCAGCAAAGUGGGGACCAGCAUUCGCACCCGCAGCCCAGUCAGACGGAGGUGUUCCAGGACAUGCUGCCAAUGCCGGGGGAUCCGACGCAGGGUACUGGCAAUUACAACAUUGAAGAUUUUGCUGAUCUGGGCAUGUUUCCACCAUUUUCUGAAUAGCUUGUGAAGCAGAAAUGGAAGCUCUUCUCCAAGGCCCUUUCAGUGUAUUUUUGGCUCUGCUUUUUCUGUGUUGCAUUUCUGUAGAAGCUACUAAACCAGAAGACGCAUUUCUCAUAUUUCAGAUAGUGGUGUAGGGCUUGCUCUUACCUCCUUGGGGUGCGUCAGUGUCAACAGAGGAGCUCCAGCUUGUUAGUGUUCAUUGACAGCUCCAUUAUUUUUUUUUAAUGUCAUCUACCUCAGAGAUCAAAAACUUUGCUUGAUUGAAAAAAAUAAUCUCUGAGACUUAAAUAUUUGAAUGUGAAUGAUACCUAAUAUUUCCUUUUGAAUGGUAAUUUUUAAAUAGAUAAUGAAGUAACAAAGACUAACAGAGAAAAGGUAAGGUAAUGUCUUGUUACAGUGCCUACCGCUCAAUUUCGAUGCCUUGCUUUAAGCUUAAGUUUCUGGAAGCAGACACAAUAUUCUGUUUUCUUUGAUUCUUGUAGUUCUUAGGUCACUUUAAAUGUGAGAUUAAGCAACAUAAUGUAGGCCUCUCUCACCAGAAGAUUCAGCUCCGCCUUUUCUAACUUAAACUUGAAUGUGUGUACAUUUUGGUACUUUAUGUAUAUCUUGUGCUGUAUGAAGUGAUUUCCUGUACUGGUUUCUUUUGCCUUUAAAUAGGGUCCAUUCUGGAGCAUACUGAGAAGGCUAACAAUAUGUGGAGGAUUUAGGUAUUGGAGGAGUCUCCAUCACUUCACAUAGUGUUCUUACUUUUAAUUCAGGUUGUUCUCUAUUCAGAACAAGCAUUUACUUACAUAAGCUAUUAGUCUGGUUUGAAUUUUUGCACUGAAUUGAGGCCUAUAACUCUAUACGUUUCUCACUGGCUGCUUUAAUUUCUAUUGUUCUUGCUUUCCCAAAAAUAUUGCCUCAUAAAAAUGACUAUAAACACACCAAGAUCGUAAUUUCUAUAUUAGCUGCAUUUAUUUUCUGUGAAGUACUUUUUAUACUGUGAAACCUCACAUUUUAACAGUGCAAGGUGGUGGCCUAUUACAAUGAAAUCCUUCAAGCUCAUUUGCUGCAAGCAGUGAGAUGGUUUUGUAGUGUAUAAUUUUUUUUAGAGUGAGUUGGUAAUAGAUAUCAGUUGGACUCCUGUCCACUGUGUACACGAUGAUAACUUGAAUUUUUGCUUGGAUUCCCAAGCAAACUCUUCUGUUAAACCCUGUUAACCCUAUUAUGUUAAAUAUGGGAUUUUCACCUUACCAAGUGUUUUGAGGACUGACUAUUCUGAAUGCUAUAUGCUUUUCCACAGAGGUAAGUGAAUCACCUUCCUCCUGAACUAGUCAUUUACCACAUACACUCAUCAGAAAUGUGGUAGAAAGUUCUUUAUUUGGUAUCUCAUAUGCAUGAUGAGUUACAAGAGGUUGGGUUGAAAGGUCAACAUUUUUAUCCAUUCCUUUGGGAUAGGAGGAGAAGAAAUGGCUCACAAAGGACAAGGAGCCCAGAGUUCCUGUGUACAGGGUUUCUGUGACAUUUGAGGUUGGAAGGUGGUAGUCAGCCUUCACAGAGGGACAGGGUCAGCUUCCUAAAGCCUUUGCAUGUUCAGGAGCCAUUACGGACCUCACAAUAGCAACCCCAGGGCAUAGCCCCCAGUCUAGAAGAUCUCAAAAUCCACAGCAAUUCUUAGACUUCGCAGCGCCCUUCCGCUGGGAAGGGCCACGCACACUAGUGCUGGCCAUUUUGCCAGGCCGAGCAGCCAGGCCUCUGUUCUGCGGCGUGUCCUGGCCACAGGCCUCGUGCUGAAAGGCACUGCAGGCUGCCGGGCCACAGCCAAUGUGACACAGGGACACUGCUUUAACGCUUAGCCACAGGGUGCUUUUCCAUCUGGAUUUGCUUCCCCAGCCCUCGGGUAGAACAGCAUGUAGUUUUCAAUGUCCAGGAAGAGCCUUUCCUACUGUUUCUCUUGGUAAACCUGGGACCAAUCUCUUACUCUACGUGCAAGUGGGGUUAGGGACUCUUUUUUUAGGAUUUUUUUUAAUGUAUCUAGAUGCAGUACUGCAGAGGCCUCAGGUCUCCUGGUCUGUACUUGCCUGACCAAAACCAUGCUGAAAACAAAUUUAAAAAAAAAAAAAAAGUCAUAUCUCUUCUCUCCCAGAGAUAGGGAAAAUACCUUCCUAGGUAAGCAAGCCAUGUGCUUAUGCACUAUUCAUUUAAAUACAUGGAUGUUUAUUCUCUUGGAGCCUUCUUCCUUUCCGCCCAUGCUGCUCAGACAAAUGACUGCUCACUGAAUUAGAUAAACAAAGCUCUGCUGUCCUCAGAGUGAAAUUCAACAAUUUCUGUAAAAGGUGCAUAGAUGCUGUGCAGGCUGGAGGGAGAUACAGUCAGCAUCUGCAUGAUUGUAUAAUUGGGAGCAUUCUGUAGGAUCUAAUCACAAGGGAGAGAGCAGUAGAUGAGCAGCUCAUAUCUCUGUGCAGAAGACACUUGAUAAAUUUCAGUUCUAGAUUUUUUUUAAAAACAUUUGUCUAUAAAGUGAAAAUGAAUCAAAAAAUGCUGUUCCUCUGUUUCAUUUAACCUGACAGACUGCUCUAUUUAUAAUUUAUUUUUGUUCCUGAAUUCAAUUUAAAAGUAAGAUCUGUGUAAUUUUCUUUUUCCUAAUAUCAGCAAUGAUAACUUCCUCAGUGUAUCAUGUUUUUUAUACUACUGUUGAAGGCUUCUUGUGUACCGAAUUUGACUGUGCAGUUACAAGUGCACUGUUAGCAGAAUUUCAGGCACGUCUCCCCUUUUUUGUUUUGUUUUAUUCUUCUACAUACAGUAUUAUAUUUUUUUUUAAGCCAGUAUGCCAGAGGCAUCAGAGCACGGGCUGCUUCUUAUCUUGUAGAGCACCCCUGCCUUCCUGGUUGGGAAAGGGGGUGGCUAUUCUGUUAUAGGGCAGACCGGAGAGCACCAGGUUUGGGUUUUCCUUGCAAGCCUUUUUCACCCUCGUUUCUGAUGUGCCAUCCAGAUCCAGAGCUUUCUUCUCAUUUCCACCCUUCCUUACCUCCCAGCCUGGUCCCAGCCAUCACAUCCUUGUAGCACCUUGCCAUGCACAGGUGGGGAGGUGUGGGGCAGCCCUUCCCGAGCCAGCGAGGAGGGAGCGCUUAACAAGCUUUAAGAGUUUGGCAGCUUCGUGCUUCUGGCCAAGUGAACAAGCAAGCUCAGCGCCUGCUGCUGCUGGGCAUCCUGCGCUGCCCUGGCUGCGUGCCGCCGUCAUGUCAGUGGCUAGCUCCUCUGCAACAGCCUGGUCCAGGUUCUUGUGGCACAACGCGCCAUGUCGCCUAAGCUGUGCUGUAUCUUUCUGUCACGUGCUUGGUUACUAAAGCAACUUACUUAUACUAUAGCUGAAGUUAUAAAGUGCAUUUGGAAUGCUGACGUCUUUAUUACGUGCCGUUGGUGUAACUUUGCUGGCGCUUUGGCUGCUGGUUUCCAGAAUUUCACAGGUGGUGGAUUUCUUGUUUCUUUCGUGGUUUUUUAAGCUGGAAAUAAAGCUGUGAUUUCUGAUCGAACUGUGUUGCAAACACAGUGUUUCUUGAAACUGAAUCUUUUGAUUUUUAAACUGCAAGUAAUAAUGGUCCAGGUGAGUUAUUUCCAUGAGUGGGCAUGUAGACUGAGAUUUUAGAUACUAAAAUAUUUACACUCGUUUAUUCAAACAAGCAAUCCUGUUUAACAAGAGGGACUCCAUCACAUUACUUGUUACAAGUGCUACUGGCAGUACCAACGUUUAUGCUUUAACCAGAUAGUUCCAUUUGUAGCUUUGUUGCUUUUUUUUUUUUUGAAGUACAGUAUGAAACUGUAAAUACUUCUUGCAGUACUGCCUUUUUAACUCUUAAUUACUUUUGGCACAGUGUUAAAUAGUGUUGGAUUUACCCAAUUGCUAUGACAUAUAUUUUUAUACAUAGGUGUACUCUUUUUUCGAGAAUAAUACAGCCAUUUUGUCAUUAAUGCCUUAUCAGUGUCAUACUGCUGUUGCUCUUUGUUUGCAAGGUAUCGAGUGGACUAAUUUCUAGUUCGGAUAUUUUCACUUUUCCUGGCAGUGCUCAAGUUCGGAUUCAGGUGAUUUUUUGCCAGAGUCACAUUUUUCACAGUUGUUGGCUGUGAGAAGAGGAGAAUGCGGGCUUUGUUUUGUUUCUAUUAAUGGAGCAAAGAAAAAGCGAUGGCAUCUAAUUGUCUGUAGAAGGUCAGUCUUUUCCUACUUUACACCGGAGUGUGUUUCAUGGAACUGAUGACUGGGCACUGAUUACUUUGUGUAGAUUAAUGGUCUUUAAAAAAAAAAAAAUCUCAAAAAUGGGCUUCUGUCAUGGUUAGGCACUUGGUUACUUAUCUGUUUAAACUCUUCAUAUUGAUGUGAAAUUGUGCUGUGGAUAAAGUGUAUUUUGUACUUCUGAAUGUUCUAUAUUUAUGACUAACAAGUACAGAAUCAGUUGUGUGUAUGUAUAACUAAUAACUGCCUUUUUAAAUUUCAUUAAAAUAAAAAUGUCAUGAGCUGUUGUUA